AAAGUCAUAUGAUAAGAACGGUUGGUACCCAACAUUCCCCUCACCUCCCAAAAAAAGUCUGGGACAUGGUCUUCCGUGAGCCUAUAGGAGCCAUUUCCAAGGGGGGAAUGGGCACGGGCUUAGAGAGCUCAUGUGGCUGGGGUGCCCCGGAUCCCAGAAAUCCUUUUGUCGGAGUCCCUUAGUUCCGGUUGUAGACAUGGAGGCUGUCCUUGCCUGCGACAGCCCGGCGGGUCUCCGGUUCCGUCUGGAGCCCAUCUGGUCUCCGGCUCCGGGUGCAAACAUCUACAGUCAUCUCUGCUGUUCUGGGGAUGCUGCUGGGGUCAGGACAGCCAUGAAAAAAAUGGAACUCAUCUGGUCCUCUGGAGGCCUUUGUCCAAAGGGGGUGGGAGUGGGCAGGAGACCGAGGUGGCGGCCGGGGCGAGCUUUCUCCUCCACAGAGAUCUCUCUCUGGGAUCAGAGAUCAGAGAUUCCUUUGGAAUCUUGGAUUCCAGAUCUGCCCCCUGAGUGCUCCCAAAUCCCUUCCCCCAAACAAACUCUUCCUCUUCUAUCUCGCUGAAAUGCUGGAAUUGUUCGGGCCUUUUCCCACACUAAUUCCCGCUUCCCAUUGGUUCAGUGGAGGCCGAACCCCUCCGACUGACUCAAUCUGGCCCCCCAUGGCAGGGCCCAUAACUGCUUCUCAACCCAACCCUCCCAGCAGCCCUGUGGGGUUACAGGUUAUGACAGGUGUUACGGGGUCACCAGCCUCAUUUUAUGGAUAAGGAAAUGGAGGCUCAGAGAGGUAAUGACUUGACCAAAGUCGCUCUGGGAGGAAGCUCUAACUCAUGCACUUUACGGCUUUAAUGGGUGCCGGCGGCCCGGAUCCCAUCUUUGUCGGACUUAAGCUGUGCGGGGAACACAAGUCUAAGUCCUCAAGUGGCAUAUGCCCUGCUAGGGAGCAGCGGGGGAGGGGGGGAAGGGGGGUCGGCGCUCAGGGCAGGAGCUUCGCCAGAUGCCAGGUUGCCACUGGGAGCCCUGGGCCUGGGGCCGGCUGCCCGAGGUCUCAACUUUCCUCCAGGGUAGAAGAGUAAAGUACAAAGAGCCUAGACCCGGGAGGGCCCUUGGAACAUGGAAUGUGAAAGCUGAGAGGGCUGGAGACCCUUUUGAAAAAGGGAAACUGAGGCCCAGCCCGCAUCAGCAGAGGCAGCCCCCUCCCCAGCCGCAGAUUCUGCCUUUGGGAAUUUUGGGAACGCCGCGGGUCCAAGUGACGGCCCCUUGCGGGCCACGGGGGGCGGGCGGGGGCCGCGGGCGGGUCUCGCGCGUGGAGGCGGGCGUGGGGAGCCUUGCGUGGGCGGUGCCGUGGUUAGGCGUGGGCUGGGGGGGGGGAGCGGGAAGGCGGGGCCGGAGCUCGGCCCGCUGAUUGGCGGCGGCGGCGGAGCUGGCUCCCUCUCGGCUGCCGCCCAGCUCCGCGCUCCCUCGUCUGUCUGGCCCUGCAGCCGCCGCCGCCGCCGCUCCCCUCGGCUCCCCUCGGCUCCCCUCGGCUCCCGGCUCGGCCCGGGCCCCCUCCCCUUCCCGCCGCCGCCAUGAGCACCAGCCUCCGCUACAAGAGCAAGCUGGUGAACCCAGUGGAGGAGAAGCAGGACCAUGACAAGCAGUACGUGGGCUUUGCCACGCUGCCCAACCAGGUGCACCGCAAGUCAGUGAAGAAGGGAUUCGAUUUCACGCUCAUGGUCGCCGGGGAGUCGGGCCUGGGGAAGUCGACCCUGGUAAACAGCCUGUUCCUGACGGACCUCUACAAGGACCGGAAGCUCCUCAAUGCGGAGGAGAGGAUCAACCAGACAGUGGAGAUCCUGAAGCACACGGUGGACAUCGAGGAGAAGGGCGUGAAGCUGAAGCUGACCAUUGUGGACACGCCGGGCUUUGGGGAUGCGGUCAACAACACCCAGUGCUGGAAGCCCAUCACGGACUACGUGGACCAGCAGUUCGAGCAGUACUUCCGAGACGAGAGCGGCCUCAACCGCAAGAACAUCCAGGACAACCGAGUCCACUGCUGCCUCUACUUCAUUUCUCCCUUCGGGCACGGGUUGCGGCCCGUGGACGUGGAGUUCAUGAAGGCCCUUCACGAAAAAGUGAACAUCGUCCCCCUCAUCGCCAAAGCCGACUGCCUCGUCCCGGGAGAGAUCCGAAAGCUGAAGGAGCGGAUCCGGGAAGAGAUCGACAAGUUUGGGAUUAAGGUCUAUCAGUUCCCGGAGUGUGACUCGGAUGAGGACGAGGAGUUCAAGCAGCAGGACCGAGAGUUAAAGGAGAGCGCCCCCUUUGCUGUCAUAGGCAGCAACACCGUGGUGGAGGCCAAGGGGCAGCGCGUCCGGGGGAGGCUCUAUCCCUGGGGCAUCGUGGAAGUGGAGAACCAGGCUCACUGCGACUUCGUGAAGCUUCGGAACAUGCUGAUCCGGACGCACAUGCACGACCUGAAGGACGUGACCUGCGACGUGCACUACGAGAACUACCGGGCGCACUGCAUCCAGCAGAUGACCAGCAAACUGACCCAGGACAGCCGCAUUGAGAGCCCCAUCCCCAUCCUGCCCGUGCCCACCCCAGACACAGAGACGGAGAAGCUGAUCAAGAUGAAGGAUGAGGAGCUCAGGCGGAUGCAGGAGAUGCUGCAGAAGAUGAAACAGCAGAUGCAGGACCAGUGAUGCAGGCGCAGCCGCGGGGCCCUCCCCCCGAGGAGCCCCUCGUCCAGCUCCCCGCGUGGGGGUGAGGAGGCCCGGCCCUCCUCGCUGCCGGGGGCUCCCCCGGGAGGGACCCCCUCGCCAGACCCCUAAUUUAUUCUCCGCCCGUGCCGGCCCCAGCAGGGCCGGGUGCCCCCGUGUGACUCAGGCCUCCCGGACUAGCGCUCCCCCCUCCAGGCUUGGGUGGCGAGGACCAGGACUGGGCUCGGCCCGCCCCUCCCCCAUAGGGGGCCUCCCCAGCCCCGCCCCGGCCCCAGCUCCUCGUGCCUCCCCUGCCUUGUAAGGACCAAGGCCCUCUCCCGGGCCCCCUCCCCGUCAGCCUGGCCCGAGGCUCCCUGCAGACCUGGGGGCUGGGGGCGGUCAGGCCCCCCCUUCCUUCCUCCUAGGGUCCCCUUCUCCCCCCUGCUGGGAAGGGGGGGGACUAUGGUGCAGGCAGAUAAGGGCUAUGUGGCUCCCCCCACCCCGCCAGCCCUGCCCAUCCGGGGAGGGGAGAAGCCAGAGCACUUCUAGGGACGUGGGACUUACUGCCAGAAGCCGCCUCGAGGCCUCGGGGUGCCCGGGCCCCUCCUUCACAAAUGAGUCCUCGGCGCGCAGAGCGCUGGCCUGGAGCCAGGAAGACCUGAAUUCAAAUACUGCCAUGGAAACUCCCCAGCGGGGUGACCCUGGAAAAGUCUCUUAACCUCAUCCUGCCUCAGUUUCCUUAACUGUAAAAUGGGGAGAGCGAUAGCACCUACCUCCCCCUGUUGUUCGGAGGUUCGUGAGUCAUAUUUAUCAACCUAAAAAGACUAGAGAAAUGCUAGCCGGUAUUGUUACAGAUGGGGAAACUGAGGCUCAAGAUGAAGGGAUCAUAGGUACAGGAAGCAGGAUUUGAAUCCAGGUCAUCUUGCUCCACAUCCUCCUCCCAUGGACCCCGCCCCGCUAUCAGCGCCCCGGCCCAGAGCCCCGGCCCCAGCACGCACUCACGCUCGCAGCUUGGCUUCUGCCCGUCCGAGGGCUCAGGUGGGGGAUGCCUGGGAGGGCGGCAGGAGCCCCCAAAUCCUCCCUCGGGCAGCCCCCAGCGCUCUUUCCAUGCUGAGCCUCCUGGGCUGCUCAGGCCUCUGGCUGUCCCCUAGAUGGGGUAGCCUGGGGAGCUGAAGGGAGAGAGGGGGGAGAUUCUCCACCAGGCCAGCCCCCCAUCUGACCCCAGCCAGCCCCCCAUGACCCCAGCCAGCCCCCCAUCUGACCCCGGUCAGGCCUAUGAUCCUGCCAGCCCCCCCAUCUGACCCUGGCUCAGUUGCCGCUGGGCAUGGAGGGAAGAGGCCCUUCCUAGAUGGGCAGAAGAUGCAGGAGCAUCCCUGAUCCCUGCAGCCCAUCCCCCAUGGGAUCCCAGAGUCCCUGACCUAGCUGAGCCCUUCCCCCACCCCAACCUGUUUCUGACCCAGGGCUCUGAAGCCUUGCUAGGGUGGGGGCCCAGCAGCGCCCCCAGCUCAGUCACACACCCCCGGCUCGGUCGCGUCCCCCCCCAGCUCAGUCACCCCCCCCCGGCUGAAUCAUCCCCCCCCGCCCCGGCUCAGUC